ACGUAAAAUACAUUCGCACAUGUCGCACGUGCAUUCGUAACUCGUCGUAUAGUAAUCGUGUCGGCAGACAUAAACAAUGUAUUUUAAAUAAUAACACUAAACUAUUCUUAUAUUAGAGUGUUCGUGUUAUUUAAGUAAUCUUAAUAAUGUUAAUUUUCAAGCAGCAUAACAUUGCACAAUUUUUACCUACACUGAAAGAGUUGAAUGAAACAUUUCGUCCAACCUUUCAUUUAAGGAUACGUAACAAACGCUAUAUUAUUUGUAGAAAAUCUCAUACAACAUCUCAAAAUUCGUGGAAGGUAUUAUUCUUCGGCUCAGACGAAUUCGCGGUCGAAAGUCUGAAAGCCUUGCACAAGAAAUAUAAGUCGAAAGUAUUGCAGCGGCUUGAGGUCGUUACGGCGGAGCAAAAUAGAGAUAAUCCUGUUAUGAAAUAUGCAAAGCAGAACAAGAUCGUUGUAAAUAAUUGGCCUGUCAAUGUUAACAAACUUGAAUUUCACAUUGGAGUCGUUGUUUCGUUUGGUCAUUUAAUUUCGUCUGAAAUUAUAAAUGCGUUUCCAAUGGGUAUGAUAAAUGUUCAUGGUAGUUUAUUACCACGAUGGAGAGGUGCAGCUCCUAUAAUUCACUCAAUAAUGAAUGGAGAUUCAAAGACAGGAAUUACAAUAAUGAAAAUCAAGCCAAAAAAAUUUGAUAUAGGGGAAAUAGUGCUGCAAAAGGAGAUAGAUAUCGGUCAGAAUGAAACGCAGCCGGAAUUAUCUAAAAAAUUAGCAGAACUUGGAGCAAGUACUUUAGAAGAAAUGUUUCAAGAUUUGCCAUUAUCGUUACAGUCUGCGAAACCGCAAGACCCAACUAAAGUCACAUACGCGCCAAAGAUAACGUCGAAGACGUCUGUAGUCGAUUGGAAUGAGAUGUCUGCGACGAGAGUUUACAAUUUACAACGUGCCCUUUUCGGGUUGCAUCCCAUACGUACUUCGUUUAACGAUUUGAAAAUAAAGUUAUUCAAUAUGCAGACAGUUGAAUCAGAGUUGGUAGCAAAACAAUUCGAAGGGGAUGCACCAGGAACUGUGAUGUAUAACAAAACAAUAGAUGCAUUGAUCGUAAAAUGUAAGGAGGAGAGUUUCGUUUCUGUUAAAAAGAUAACUGUGGUAGGUAAACGUACUAUGAGUGCUCGCGAUUUUUACAACGGUUUCCUGUCUGGAAGAAAGCAAAUAAAAGUACUAUUUUCUUGAACUUAACAUCCAUUCGUUUUUAAUGGAAACACGAUAGAGAAGCUCGCUCGUAAUUAUUGUAAGAACAAUAUGCUCGAGAACUUUCCUUCAUAAAAUACAAAUGAAAUAACGUAAUAAUUAUUGAAAGUACACUAGGAAUGUCCAAUGCUUUUUAUGUGUUUCUUACCUUGACAAGUAUGCAGAAUCAUGAUGAACAUGUGUACGUGCGCACACAUGCAUAUGCACGUUUAUUUGUACAUACAAAAAUACAGAAACCAUACGAAAUCAAGCAAAAUAGUCCAUUGAAAGUAAAUACUGA